CCCCGGAAGUGGCGAGGGCGGUGUCAACGCUGUCAAGAGAAAUCCUCCGCCUUGCGAAGAUGCUGCUGGACCUGUCGGAGGAGCAUAAGGAGCACCUGGCCUUUUUGCCGCAAGUGGACAGCACGGUGGUCGCGGAGUUUGGGCGGAUUGCGGUGGAGUUCCUGAGGCGAGGCUCUAACCCCAAGAUCUACGAAGGCGCAGCCAGAAAACUCAGUGUGAGCAGUGACACUAUCCAGCAUGGUGUGGAAGGAUUAACAUACCUCCUCACUGAAAGCUCAAAGCUUAUGAUUUCUGAACUGGAUUUCCAAGACUCUGUUUUUGUUCUGGGAUUCUCUGAAGAAUUGAACAAAUUAUUGCUUCAGCUUUAUCUGGACAACAGAAAAGAGAUCAGAACUAUUCUGAGUGAACUGGCACCAGACCUUCCAAGUUACCACAGCCUUGAAUGGCGACUAGAUGUACAGCUUGCAAGCAGAAGCCUCAGGCAACAGAUUAAACCAUCAGUGACUAUAAAGCUACACCUUAAUCAGAACGGAGAUCACAACACCCAAGUUCUGCAGACAGACCCAGCCACUCUGCUCCAUUUGGUUCAGCAAUUGGAACAAGCAUUGGAGGAGAUGAAAACAAACCACUGUAGGAGAGUUGUGCGCAAUAUCAAGUAGUUCCAGUUUUAAGGAUUUAUUCCCUUUGAAUCACUUGUGAAUUGAUGCUAACAGUUACUUUUCAAAAUUAAUUUUUUAUUAAUUGACAGUGAUAAAUACAUAUCGUUUAACCCAUGCAAUUUCUUUUCCUAUGACAAGAUAUUGAAGUCAUGAUCAAAAGCUAAAGUAAAGUUUCUUUCCUGGUGCUAAAUGUGGUCAGUUUCUUGACAAAUUAAGAUGUAUUUUAUAUUUUAAAUGUGUAAGUAGAAUUGAAUCAACUGGAAGUGAAUCUAUACUGUUCAUAUCUUUUGUGUAUAUGAGUGUCUUUUUUUGGUACUUCUUUUGAUUGCUUAACUUUAUUAUUUUCUUCUUUAUUGGCCAAAAUUUGAAAAUAAAAUUCACAAUGUAAUACCAUUGCUAUUCAGAAUAUUUUUAGACAGUUCAUUGUUUUUGACCUUUAAAAGCACCCACAAUGUUAAUGGCCACAGAAUAGCUGGAAGUAAAUAUUAAUUUUUUUAAAUGCUGCAUUGUUUAGGCAGUUCAUGCAUUUUUCCUUGCUAGUGAAGGUAAUAAUACCAUGGUGCUUAAGUUUGAGUUGUCAUGGAUAAUUGCUUACAUAGUACUCAAAUCUGUGUGAUAAUGUUGCAUUUUAUCAAGGACUACUUUUUUCCCCUAGUACUCAAAGCAUCUAAAAGAUGCUGUCAUUUACAUUUAUAUACAGUGGAUGCAGGAGUAAUAUAAUCACUUCUUAAUUAUCUGAAUAUAAAUUACAGUCCCUUUUUAUAAUUUUAUUUGAAUAAAGUAUAAAGAGGGCAAAGGGAGGCCAUGGUUACUAUAUGUAAGUAUCCCUACUUUACAAACUUGAUUUGUUUGUUUUUUAGUAAGUAACUAUAAGCUGUUAGCUUGAAAAACUCAGAUGCUGAUGUGUCACGUCAGCCUGAUAGAGUACAAGGACACAGGGAGACUUAGGGGGACAAGGAGACUUGAGUGGCAGACUUAAGGAGAAAAAUCAUGGAAGGGUGGAAAUGGGGGUUCAGUCUUAACUAUGUAUCCAGGGUCUUAUUCUGAGAGCCUCAUCCCCAUGGAGCAACUCAGGAAUGCCUUUAGAACCAUCAAACUCUUAAGGUGCACUCUAGGUUCUGUCAGUACCUUCCAUCCUAAGAAUUAGAGAUUUUUGGGUCAGAGUGACAUCGUGUUUCUUCUCUCUUAAGUGAGAGCCUAGCAGGGAACAGAGGCCAGUGGAAGGAAAGCACAAGUUUAAUUGCCAUCCAUUUAAUUGCCACUGCAAGCAAUUGGGCCACCCUUUCCCAGAGGCGUAUGUUCUAUAGUGGCAAAAUAACUAAUAUUACAUAUUAAUUGAACUCUAAUCAAAUAAAUUUUAAUUAUAAUAACUUGAUUAAUGAAGCUGUCAUGUUAACCUUACAAACAAAAAGGAACUUUAUAUAUUACAUGAAAUUACACACAUACACACAUAUAUAUUAUGUGUCAUCAGGUUUAAAAGCAAUAUACCUGCCAAGCUUAUAUGAUAAAAACAGCUCUAUGAGGCUUCUUAUUUAUCCACAUUUGGUGGAAGAUAAACAGGGCUGACCCCAGCCAAGAUUGAAAUGAGAGCACUGUGUUGCCUUCAAGGCAACCUUUCUUCUAUAUUCACCGGUCUUUCCCUAAUUAAAACAAGAAAGCGGCUGUUAGUCUUUAUUUGUGUCAAACUCCCCUGGCCUCCUUUCUCUACUCCCAUUAUUCUUUCUGG